AACAUCAUCACUCCACCAAAGUCUACUACAGCACACUACAAGUACCCGUAUACUCCAAUACACCCAGAACCCUUCUUACAUUAAGAAACCACCAACACAUUCAACAUGCCUUUCACCGCAAGCGACAUCUGCAAGAUCAUUCUUGCCAUCGUCCUCCCACCUCUAGGUGUCUUCCUCGAGCGUGGCUGUGGAGCGGAUCUCCUCAUCAACAUCCUGUUGACCAUCCUGGCCUACAUUCCGGGUAUCGUCCACGCCUUGUACAUUAUACUCAAGUAUUAGCGGAGGCGUUCAGACAUGUACGACGGAGCCGCGAUGACGACGGCAUGACGACCACGUCAACCCACGAUACCCAUCUCUUAUCUUUGUUCGCCAACGCCAAAGCUCCCACCACCACUUGACACCCGCCGCGAGCUAUUGAUAUCUACCGAGCUCGGUUUUGUUUAGCAAGGGAUUCAUCCGGCAAUUCCGGACCUCCCGGUCGGAUAACGGAUGAUGGGACCUUUGGCUUGGCUAAUUUUACAUAUCAUGACUGGCUUUAUGUUACGGCGUCCUUGAGUUUUUUUAGGACACUUUUUGGCAUGCUUGGGAGUACCCUGGCGCAUUCCAUAAGCGUAGCAUAAUGAGAAAUUUAAUGGAUUCAUUUCACAACUG